AUGAACAUUAUUGUUGCAGCAACUCUGCCAGCUCCAACGACUCCACCGAUCUUAGCAGCCUCCUUUAGUACGGAUAAAAUUGAGAUUAAAUUGCCGUUGAGAGAUGAUACGCCUGCUUUACACAUUCCUUUAUGGACAACUCCAGGCUGGAAGGACGACCCAGACGCUCGCAAUGGCACAGACUUUGCUGUUCGGGAUCAUGUGAAAGACGUCAUAAGACCAAUGAUGCUAGAUACGGAUAGGGCAAAGAAUCCCACCAAGUAUGCCGUAAGAUUUGGCAUAUUUCCGGGCCGUUCUGAUGGACGGUCAUGUACCUCGCCUACCCGAUCGGCAGAGCGACUCAUGGCAACCCGAGAUGAUCCUGGCGGCAGCCUGACCGGAAGAGAUCUUACCAGCACGCUCGAAAGGCCGGCCCAAAGAAGAGGGCUCCAUAUCGAUGAUUAUAUUGCUGCUCAGUCCUCCAAUACGAUGCCGAACGAUGGGCCUCAAGAACGUGACUACACAAAAGCGUUUGACGAACUCCUAAUCGAAGAGUUCUGGCAAGGAUGCCUCUUUGGAGACAUGACUAUGGAUGAGGGGAGUGGGAACUAUUUCGAGAUUGGUGACUUUCAGAGCAAUCUUAGCGGACCAAUAGACAGCCUGUUCUCUCGAGAGAAAUGGGACCAAUCUCCUUUGGGCGUUGCAGACGUUGGUACCGUAUCUUUUCGCCUUGACGGAAAAUGCCUUGAUAUGGAAGUCGAGUAUAAGAUCCCGGAGACUGCAGAAGCAAAUCCUCAGAAGGCAAAAUCACCAAAUUUCAAGAUUGAGCUUCGAAGAGACAAUAGUGAAGCGAUAGGCUAUCGACACAAAAUCAGACCGUCCGCAAAGUUUAACCCAAUGGAGCUCACCUUUAAAGUUUUAGAGAGCAGAUUGAAAUGGCGAAUUGCCAGUGCUCAUUACGAUGUCGAAUCAACUAUAGGAAAGUUUGAUGCAGAGACGGCGUUUGCUGUGACACGGUUCAACCUGUCCAAUCCCAACAGUUCGAUUUGUAUUGAUCUUGCUGCAGAGGUUAUUUGGCAGCUUUUGGCCGUCCAGCUAAGUUCUUCAGAGAAAAUCAUGGUCAGCUGGAUGCUUGCGGCGACGAUGGUGCACGAAUUAUGUCGCCCCAUUAUCCAGACAUUGAACCAUAUUAUGGAGACGAUUCGAGAAAAGAAAUUGGGGAAGCUUUUGAAAGACAUCAUCUUUCAAAAGUUCUUCACACAAGAGUUUUGGGAUACCACAUUCAAAAAGUAUGGUUCGGCAGCUCUGAGAAGCGUUCCAGACAUCCCCCAAAGAGUUGCCUGGUUCUCAGCCGUGGAGUCUACAUCAUUUCACACUUCCCUCGGCGAUCUUGCUCUUGGAACCGACGAAUUUCGGGAAUGGGUCAGUUGUUUCAUCCUGGAGCUGGAAGCGAGCGGUCAAAAGGUCAUCGCGCAGUACAUCAAGGCUCUGAUUUAUGACGCGUGGAAGUUCCCGAUGCUUGCCAAACGUUUUGUUGAGAUUGCAGAAAAUUGGUACCACAGAGGUGAAAGACUGGCGGCACAAGCUAGCAAAACGAAUAUGAUUGCAUUUGAAGCAGGCAUCUUCAUCUUGCAAUGGCGGCGAUUGAGAAGCCACAAACGCAUCGAACCCGAUGAAACCUCCAUAUCAUUAGACGAAAUGUCUGUGGAUCAAUUUAUAUCAGCUAUUACCCGUGGAGAAAACAUAUACGAUGACCAAGCCAUGGUAGCUCAGCUAUACGAGCUACCUAUUGGAUGUUGGGAACACUACCUCGAAGGGAUCCCUGGCCACCAACUCAUCUGGAGAGUUCAAAACAACAAGAUCAUCACCCAGGUAACAAGGCUGCCUGGAGACCUCAAUGGGCUUCAAGCGCAUUUGCCGUCUUGGAGAAACGAAUGGCAGGCGAAGAUACUGUCCUGGCUUACCUCAUUUCGAAACAUUUCAUACCUCAUCUCCAAAGAUGCGAGAGCAGUGCAUGCUAACUGGCGGGAAAUGCUUCAUACGGUGCCUAUGCUGCGCAAGUCAAAGCGGAGGGGCGACCAGCUUGCUAAGCUGGAGGAAUUUAAGCAGAGAUAUGCUCGAGAUUUCGAUUUGAACUCGUACAAGAUUGUUUUACCAAGUCGGAAUUCAAAAACACAAGGAGUUGCUGAGAAAUGGGCAGGCUUACUGGACAAUAUUGUGGAGUUUGAGCAAGAUGAGGGCAAAUUGAUGGAAGAUCUUGAGCGGGAAGAGUUGCAUGCCCUCAUUUCCACGCCAGAUGCUGCUAACCCUGCCACAGCUUUGGAUCCCAAGCUUAUAGGAGAUUGUCGAUCACGACACCUUCAUCAAGCAAUGGAAGCCGACAAACGAGAUGAAACGAGGUUGCGAUUACAGCGUGCAGAUUCGUAUCGCCAAGGGGUCGACAAAAAACUAGCUUCCACGAGCAUAAGUCGGCGAUACCAGCUACAGGAGGCAAAGCACUUUAACAAGACUCAUUCGGAUCUUAAGCUCUGGAAACAAGAAAAGAGAAACUGGGACCUCUACACCACUGGAUUUGACAUCCUUGGAGGUCCCGUGCCAAAGAAGCGAUCCACUGAUUCUAUUCAAAAGAUCAGUAGUCUGUCGGAGCUGAUGGCUGAAGUCAACAAGGAUACCAACCAUAAUGUCUACCUUCCAGCGGGGCGUAUUCCGCAGCCGAUGCCCCGAGUGAUUCAAAUCUCUGGCGAUGUUCUCAGUGAGCUUGCGGAUUCUGUCCAACGAGACAUGGACAUGAUGGAUAUCGAUGGCGAGGUAUUCAAAAUGCAACAGGCAAGAGAAACGUUUGCGUCCGAGAUACAGAAGACGAUGAAAGGACACAAGGAAACGCUGUCCAAGGCAAGGGAACAUCGAGUGGCGGCUCACGAGCUUGCUCAGCAGGAACGGGAUAAAGCGGCUGAAAUGCAACAGGGUGGCGGGGAAUAG